AGUAUAAAUAGAGGCAAAUUUCUGGCAAACUGAAAACAACAGAAUGGCAAUGAAGGUUGAGAUUAUCUCUACAGAAAUGAUAAAACCAUCAUCCCCAACUCCUGCUCAUCUCAGAAACUUCAAAAUCUGUCUUUUAGAUGAGUUGGCUCCUCCAGCUUAUGUUCCAAUCUUGCUUCUUUACUCCUCUGACGAUUUCGAAGUCGGAUUUUUCGACAACUUGAAGUAUUCACUGUCUCAAACUCUCACUCAAUUCUACCCUUUGUCGGGUAAACUUGUCAGAAAUCUUUCUGUCGACUGCAACGAUGAAGGUGCUCUCUUUCUUCAGGCUAAAGUAAAUAUUUCAGCUUCAGAGAUUGUCAGGAAUCCUGAAACUAGUAUGCUGUACCAGCUUUUCCCUUUCAAUCCUUACAAAUCGACGCCUGGCGAGAACACUGUAAUUACAGGUGUUCAGGCAACUGUUUUUGAGUGUGGAAGUGUCGGAAUUGGUGUUUGUGUUUCUCAUAAGGUUGCAGAUGGUGCAACCAUGGCUUCUUUCCUUACUGCUUGGGCUGCAACAGCAAACGGCGUCGACCAAACACUUGCUCCGCGUCUCGAUUCAGCCACGCUCUUCCCGCCGAAAGGCAUAGACAUAAUCAAACAGAGCGAUAUGGUUAAAAAUGAGAAAACCGUAACGAAAAGAUUCGAGUUCGACAGGAAGAGUUUGGCAAAUCUAAAAGCGAAGAUUGCAAAUGGCAAUCCGACGCGUGUGGAAGCUGUUACAGCUCUCAUUUGGAAAUCGGCAACGGAAGUGACAAGAGAAAACUCGGUGAAAGAUCCGACUCCAACUCUGACUCAGACUCCGACUUCUAUUGCAACCCACUUAGUGAACAUAAGGGGAAGGAUGGUUCCGCCAUUACCAGGACACGCCUUAGGUAAUCUUUGGCGACUAGCCGUAGCGCUAUAUCCCGAAGCAACGAAAGAGGUCAAAUUACAAGAAAUAGUCGGAAUCCUUCGAAAAUCGAUACAGAGAAUUGAUAGCAAUUAUGUGACUAGACUUCAAGGAGAGGAUGGGUUUGCAAAGGCUUUAGAGCCUCUGAAAGAACUAAGACAAUUGGCUUUAGGAGGUGAAAGAGCAGAAGUGUACACAUUCAGCAGUUGGGCAAGAUUUCCAUUAUAUGAAAUUAACUUUGGAUUGGGGAAGCCAAUAAGAGUUUGUACAAUAACAGUGCCAGUCAGGAACUGUGUUAUUCUGAUGGGGACAAAAUCUGGCGAUGGGAUAGAGGCAUGGGUCACUUUAACUGAAAAAGACAUGGCCAAAUUUGAGAAAAAUCAAGAGUUUCUCAAGUUUAUUUCAGCAACCACUUGAUGAUACUCUGUCUUCUGUUCAGAUUUCUUACUACUUGAGUGCUUUUGUUUUUAAGUUUUUAUGUUAUUAUUUGUUUUCUGAUUGGAUUGUUUUUGUCAUUUGUUAUG